AUGUCCACGAGCAAAUUGUCGAAUAUGAAAGGCGAGGAUAUGCCCGAGUCGUACGGAAUCCACGCAAGCCGCAUAGCUGGCGAUAUCCGCCAGAUGUUUCACCAAUUGCUGACACGAGAGGAAGAUCGUCAAUCGCAGAGAUUCUUAUGGCGUUUUGAUCCAGCAGCUACUCCAGAUAUUUACGUAAUGGAUGUGGCCACAUUCGGGGCUACAUGUUCCCCUUGUUCGGCGCAGUAUGUUAAAAAUUUAAACGCAGAGGAGUUUUCUAGUACAUACCCUGUAGCAUCAAAAGCAAUAAUUCACAAUACAUAUGUGAAUGAUUUUCUAGCCAGCAUAGACACUAUCCAUGAAACGGUCAAACUGACCGAAGACGUUCGUACGUUACACAGUAAGGCAGGAUUCGAAAUUCGGAAUUGGCAAUCCAACGAUCAACAGAUUCUGCGACGGGUCGGGGGAGAUAGCCUCGAAACAUUUAAAAGUUUCUCUAUAGAAAAGCAAACAACAACGGAACGUAUUCUGGGAAUGAUGUGGGUACCCGCCGAGGAUGUAUUUGUAUUCAUUGUCCAAUUCCGAGAUGACCUCCAAACACUGCUGACUGGUGAAGUCGUCCCAACUAAAACACGAGUUCUUUGUGUGGUUAUGAGCCUUUUCGAUCCGCUGGGAAUCAUUUCUACCUACACCAUCCAUGGCAAGAUCCUGAUACAGGAUGUGUGGCGCUCAGCAAUUGACUGGGAUGAUCCGCUUUGUGAACAAGAAUUCAUAGGAUGGCGACGAUGGGUAAGAUUGGCUCCAGAUCUGGUUAACGUAAAGGUUCCAAGAUGUUACUUCCCGAACUACGAUCCGAGUAGGUACGGAACUACGCAGCUGCAUUUAUUUAGCGACGCAAGCGAGCUAGCGUGUUGUGCCGUUGCAUAUUUCCGCAUCGUUGAUCGCGGUUCACCAAGGUGCACUUUGAUAAGUGCGAAGGCAAAGGUCACACCUCUGCGUCCACAAUCUAUCCCACGUAAUAAGCUUAAUGCAGGAGUAAUUGCUGUUCGACUGUUGGAAACCAUUCUGGAAAAUCAUGAUUUGCCGAUAUCAAAAAGAUUUAUUUGGACCGACUCCACAACCGCUCUAUCUUGGCUCAAAGCCGAUCCUCGAAAGUAUCGACAGUACGUAGGAUUUAGAGUAGCCGAAAUCCUUGCUGAAACCGAGCCUGAAGAGUGGCGUUGGGUGCCAACACGCUUAAAUCCGGCCGACAAAGCUACCAAGUGGGGUUCCGGACCAUGUUUUGACCCGAAUGAUGACUGGUAUCGUGGUCCUGAUUUCUUGCGUCUAGCCGAGGAGAAGUGGCCUACCAGAAUGCCAGAUCCGGGCGAACCCGUGGAGGAAUUGCGAGCAGAUCAUGUACAUCGCGAGGAGAAAAUUGAUGAAACUCUAUUCAAUGUCAAUGAUUUUUCUCGUUUGGAUGAUUUAAUUAAGUUCCUCUCUUACCUGUACCAUUUUGUACAUCUAUGUCGCUUGAGUACUCGUACACCAUCAGAAUCGCGAGUAGCAACUCUCGUCCAACAGGAUUAUACUGCAGCAGAGAAAUGUAUGUGGAAAAUUGUGCAAAAAGAAACAUUCCGUGACGAAAUAGCUUUACUUCAAAAGAACGCAAAUCUGCCAUUGAACAAACAAAAAUAUCUGAUGAAGUCUAGUCCGCUGAUAAAGGUUUCUCCAUUCCUGGACGAUGAUGGUGUUCUCCGUGCUAGAUCCAGGAUUGACCCCAAAGCUGAAUUUUAUGAAUUCAACUUUCGCAACCCAAUAAUUCUCCCGAGGCAAAGCCAUGUUGGAAAUCUUCUGAUACAAAAAUACCAUGAACGGUAUGGGCAUGCGAAUGUUGAGACUGUCGUGAAUGAGCUGAGACAGAGAUACUAUGUUCCAAAGUUACGUUCUGUGGUAAAAAAGAUUGUCGGCAGAUGUAUGUGGUGUCGAGUUUAUCGAGCCAAACCUGAAGAGCCUCCAAUGGCUCCGCUGCCCCAAGCGAGGGUAAAUCCGUACGUUCGCCCAUUUACCUUCACAGGGUUAGACUAUUUUGGACCAUUGGUGGUGAAAAGAGGAAGAAGCAACGUUAAACGGUGGGUGGCACUAUUCACGUGUCUCACCAUAUGUGCUGUACACAUGGAAGUGGCACAUACGUUGUCCACGGAAUCUUGUAAGAUGGCCAUCCGUCGCUUCGUAGCUAGGAGAGGAGCGCCACAGCAGAUGUUCAGUGACAAUGGCACCAAUUUUCGAGGGGCCGCUCGAAAACUGAAUGAAGAAAUUCGAGCCAUCAAUCGGAGAAUCGCUGGGACAUUCACAAAUGCCGAUACCGAAUGGCAUUUUAAUCCGCCCUCCGCGCCCCAUAUGGGGGGCGUGUGGGAACGCAAAGUACGGUCGGUGAAAGAGGCUUUGAAUACACUUGUCCGCCAAGGUAGCUUAGACGAUGAAGGCCUGUUGACGUUCCUUGCAGAAGCUGAGAUGUUGGUGAACUCUCACCCUCUAACGUUCGUACCACUGGAGUCACCAGACCAAGAACUGGUCACACCUAACAAUUUUCUCGUCAAGAGUUCGAGCGGAGCAAAUAGUCAAAUCAAAAUUCCCAUUAACGAUGAUGCGAACCUACGAACAAAUUGGAAACGAAUGCAGUUUUUUGGACCAGUUUUAGAGAUGCUGGAUCAAGUCCUAUCUUCCUACGAUUGCCAGAAAAACAAAGUGGCACAAAGAAGUACGAAAGCUUAUGGAAGGCGACCUUGUGAUUAUCGUGGACGAGUCGGUUCGUAA